CUGCGCCCGGACCCGGCGGGGCGCGCGCCCGCCCUCAACGCCUGGGACGUGGCGCUGUGCGUGUCGGGCGCCGUGAUCUCCUGCGAGAACGCCGUGGUGGUGGCCGCCCUCUGCUCCACGCCGGCCCUCCGCACGCCCAUGUUCGUGCUCAUCGGCAGCCUGGCCACGGCCGACCUCCUGGCCGGCCUGGGGCUCGUCUCCCACUUCGCCUUCGCGUACUGCGCCCGGUCCCAGGCCGCGGCCCUGGCCACCGUGGGGCUGCUGGUGACCUCCUUCGCGGCCAGCGUGGGCAGCCUGCUGGCCAUCACCGUGGACCGCUACCUCUCCCUCUGCAACGCGCUGACCUACUACUCGGAGCGCACGGUCACGCGCACCUACGCCAUGCUCGCCCUGACCUGGGCCGUCUCGGCCUGCCACGGCCUGCUGCCCGUCGCGGGCUGGAACUGCCUGAAGGACGCGUCCGCCUGCGGCGUCGCCAGGCCUCUGGCGAAGAGCCACCUCGUCAUCCUCUCCGUCUCCUUCUUCGCGGUCUUCGCCGCCAUGCUGCAGCUCUACGCGCAGAUCUGCAAGCUCGUGUGCCGGCACGCCCACCAGAUCGCCGUGCAGAGGCACUUCCUGGCCACCUCGCACUACGUCACCACCCGGAAGGGCGUCGCCACGCUGGCCGUCAUCCUCGGCACCUUUGCUUGCUGCUGGCUGCCCUUCGCCACCUAUUGCCUCCUGGGCGACUACACCUACCCGCCCCUCUACACCUACGUCACCGUCCUCCCCGCCACCUACAACUCCAUGAUCAACCCCCUGAUCUAUGCCUUCCGCAACCAAGAGAUCCAGAAAGUGCUGUGGACCGUGUGCUGCGGGUGCUUCUCCGCCGCGAUGCCUUUCCGGUCCAGAUCUCCGAGUGACGUCUAGCUCCUCAGCCUUCUCCGGAGACUCAUUUGCACGUGCCAUGGCCUGUUUUUUGCACAAUCGCGGACUGGGAGCCCUCCCGCAGGCGUCUCUCUUCCAGACCCCCGGUGCCCGGCGUGCGUGAGAGGCUCUCCCUUUAUUUUUCCACUUUUUGAAUGUACAGAAGGGGAAAAAAAUACAGAGAGAUAUAUUUAUUUUUAGCCAUAAGAAAUGCGCGUCUGCGCGAGCGUGCCUGGAGUGGAGGAGCGUGUGUGCGCGACACCGAGCCAGCGUCGCAUUUGCUUUGAAACGUAGUAAAGACGCGGUAUUGUGAUUUGUUUUUAUUACAGGAAAAGCCCCUCUCUCACCAAAACCUGAAACCUUCCAUCCUUUUGUUUUUGGGUUGCUUUUCUACAGCGUUGCUGACCUCAGAAAGGUUAUUUUCUACAUU